UUUUCAGAAAAGCAUUAAAAAGUUUAAAAAUGUUUGGAACAGAGAUGCUCCAAGGUAUGGGAGGAGGCAUGCCUCAGAUGCCUGCUGCCCCAGCAGAAGAAAGCAAGGAUAUUGUUAACAUAAAUGAAUUGAUUGAUACCACAAAAUCAGAGUGACAAAACCUAGACUCUGAAACUCCAUUAGCCAAUGCGUUCACAGAUACAGAAACUUCCGUAUUAAAAUCUGAUUGAGAUGAACAACUGUUGUUUAAUCUUUAUUUCCAGUCAGCAGUAAAAAUCCAUCACUUGGUGAUAAGGGCCCCAGAACUAGCAGCAGCACCACUUAAUUUAAAGACUUAUAUCAAUAAAUGCCCCAUGAGUUUUGAUGAUGUCGAAGCAAUCGAUCCAGUUGAAGCUCUUGAAAUCCAAGAAGGAGAGCUCCAAGGAGAUAUCAUCCUCAACUUUGUUAAAUACCAAAAUGUCUCGAACCUGACCAUCUUCAUUGAAGACAACAGAGAUGGUGGAGAUGUAACUCAGCUCUGUAAACUCGAAAUCCAUGGCUCUCCUCUCCUCCAAUCUGAUAUGAAAAAUUUGAAAAAAGUGGGGUGAUCAUAGCUAAGUAACCGGAUAGCUUAAGCAUCCUGUUGCCAAACGGUUAAAGAGAAAUAAUGGAAUUUAGAGACACAUGAAAUUAUGAUUUAGCUUCGAUGAAGGACAGUCAGAUGUCUUAGAAGUUAAUGAAAUGUAGAGGGUGCCGGUAAUGGGCCUCUGCAGUCUCUCUAGCCUUGUUUGUUCUUUAAUUAUUUUUGUU